AUGAAUCACACUUUGACAUCCAACUAUCCAACUGAACCAGAUGAAAAAAUAGUUGCACUCAAUCAAGAUAUUGGAUAUUUACUUCUUAAAUAUCUCAAAGGUUUAGAUGUCAUUAGCUUUAUGGAAGCAAUAGAUGGUUCUGAACAAUUCAAUAUGAUCGAAAUAUCUGAAGACCAUUUAUUCUAUAAAGUGUUUAUGAAGAUAGUAAAGGAAGAAAAGAUGAAAAUUAAUGUACCCUAUCUUCAUUUUUACUUGGAUACCUGCUCCAUCGACGAACAUGGAUAUUUGUAUCCGGAGCGGUACCACUCAGGAGAGACUCCUAUAUUGCGUCUCUUCAUUCAUCCUACAUUUACGGUUGAAGCCUUCGAAAAUUUGUGCUUCACGUACAAGACUCCAUCUUUUCAAUGUUACAGUCGCUUAUUACCGCUCAAUACAUACACAUAUGUUGGCAAUUUUCUUCUACUUGAUUAUUUUCAUUAUAAAGGUUUGAUCGGUUGCCCGCGUGAAUUGAAUGCUCAUGAACGACGUCUCUUCAAAGAGUGUUUAUUCUUUCGAACGCUUCAAAGCAAUAUUUUGAAUAAACAAAUAUCAUUUGUUGCAUCAAUGACGGAAUUUAUGAAGAACUUUGAAAAUCGUUUUAAGUCUUCUGUAUGGAUUGAAGCAAUUGAUUUCACCAAAUUUCAUAUAUCCGGUGGUUGCAUAGUGAAUAGUCUUUGCGAACAGCCAUUUCCAGAUACUACUACUGAACAAAUAGAUAUAAAUUUCAAUGGCAACUCGUUCAACGAGUUCGACGAAGCCGUUGCUAAUUUACAGUUUAAUUUUAAAGAUGUUCCUGAAAUAACAAAUCCUAUGAGCUAUGUUCUUCAUAGUAGUGAUAUUGACAUCAGUCAAGUUGCAUUCACAGGUUCACAUGUAUUUUGCACAAUUGCUUUUCUACAGGCAAUUGCGACAAAUUCAUUUAUAUGCUAUACAAUGCACGGAGAUAUGGAAAGAAGUAUAUGCGAAAGAAUUAUUCGGUAUUGUCAAAGAGGAUUUGUUUUCCUCGAACCACAAGAAUUCGACAACGCUUUAUAUAUUGAUAUCAUGGCUCGUAAUGUUCUCAAAGAGAAGAGAGAAGAAACACGAGAAAUAAUGAAUGAUGAUGGUGAAAUUCAAAUCAUUACAAUCACCUAUGAACCACGUCAAUUUCCAUAUCCGAACGUCGAUUCUCACCGACUUCAAGAAACUUUUAUAGAACAAAUUUGUCGUAAAAAAAUCAAAUAG